AUAUGGCUUGAUAAGCAUGGAGGGUGCUGUUCUCUGGGUGUGGGGGGUGUUUGCACAGCAGCCUACCCCUGGGUAAAUGUGCUUCAGGGGUGAGACCAGGAUGCUGCAGGGUGGUUCCAGCUGUAAAAUACCUUUAUUCCCUCUUUUCACCCCAGGGAAAAGGGCAGAGCAGCCUUCCCUCCCAUGGCACAAGCUUGCUGGAGAGCUCAGGGAGGGCAACCCUGGCCGUGGGCAGGUCAGAAGGGCUGGGGAGGGGGUGGUGUCAGCGUGGCUUGCCUGGCCUGGCCCCAGCUUCCCACAGUUGCUUCCCCUUCCCCGUGGGGCUGUCAGCAGGGACAGGAUUUCUCCUUCCCGGCGCUGGUCUGGCAGCUCCUCACACCAUGCCAGGGCUCCUCUGCCCCCCUGGGCAGCUCCUGGCACUGGUGGUGCUUCUGCUGCAGCCGACUGGGAGCCUCGAGGUCCAGUGUCCCAUCCCUCAUAUUUCGAAUGGUCAGCUGAAAUCUGCAGAGAACUUCACCUCUGGCAGCACAGCCACGCUCGAGUGCGACCCCGGCUACACAGCCCUGGGUGCCACCACGGUGCGGUGCCUGGCCAACGGCAGGUGGCACCCACGGGUGCCAGCCUGCACCCCAGGCCAGUGUUCCAGCCCUCCUGCUGUCGACCACGCCGACCUAAACCACCGGCACCAGUUUCUAGUCGGGACCACCCUGAUCUACUCCUGCAGGCACGGGUUCACUUUGAUCCCUGGAGUGUCUCCAACAACUACUUGUCUUAACAAUUUCACGUGGUCCGCAGUCCCAAAGCUUUGCCAGAAGGUGCAGUGUCCCAUCCCUGUUAUCCCCCACGGGAGAGAGAUCAGCGCCAGGAAAACCCAGUACACAGGAUCACAACAGAGAAUCAAGGAAACCUUUGGGCACCAGGCAGAAUUCCACUGUGACCAUGGCUACGUGCUGAAGGGCAGCCAGAGGACCCAGUGCUCGUCUGAUGGGACGUGGAGACCCCCCAUCCCAUACUGUGACAGGGUCUGUGAUCCCCCUCCCAAAAUCACCAAUGGGCAGCACUCUGCCUUGGGGACUAAGCAGUUCCCAUAUGGCUUUGAAGUCAAGUACACCUGCAUGGAGGGUCUGUCCCUCAUUGGGGACGAGUCCAUCUACUGCACCUCUGACAACGGGGAGAACCUGACGUGGAGUGGAGCUGCCCCGAGUGCAGGGGCUCAACAGCUCCAGGGUGGGAAAUGA